CAUUGAUCUCGUGUUGUGUGUGUGUGGGCGCUUGUUGGGGUGUAUGCGCUGCUGAGACAGACAACGCUUGCUGCUGCUGCUGGUGGUGGUGGUGGUGGUGCUGCUGCUGCUGCGGAUCGUCGUAGCUAAACGGCUUUGCUGCUUGCGGCCUUCUUCUUGGCCGUUGCUUGCCUGCUUCUCGUCGUGUUUGGUGGAACUGGCAUUCGUGUCCAGCGCCAUGCUCGAGUACAUUCUUUACGCCGUUGGCGGCUUUGUCGCCCUCUGCAUCGGCCUCGUGAUGUACUCGCUCGUGCCCAACCCCAUGGGCUACUUUCGCAUGCGCCGCGUCUUCAACACCAAGCUCCAAGAAUAUCUUAAGGUGCCCUUGUGGCGUCCCAUGGAUGGUAGCUUUCACGAAAUGCAAACGGAUUUGAUUGGCUUUUUCAAGCGCCAGCUUGACUAUGGCAACUUGUUUGGCGUGAUCCCUUUGUGGUACGUCUUUGAUCCCAACCUCAUCUUGACCAAGCCCGAGGACAUGAAGCAAGUGCUAUUUGGCGAUGAUCUUCAGUAUUACCGUGACAACACCUGCUUUUACGUCAUGCACAUGGUGCUGGGCAAGGGCAUCAUCAACGUCGGUGGCAUGGAAUGGCGCAACCAGCACCGCAUCCUCUACAAGGCCUUUGCUCCCGACAACCUGAUGUACUUCCGCCCAGCCUUUGCCGCUCGUGCUCGCAAGAUGGUCGAUACCUUCAAGGCACACGCUCAAUCUGGCGAGCCCAUCGAUUUGCUCAAGACCAUGAACGAGAUUACUCUCGGCGUGAUGAUUGAUACCGCUUUUGGCAACACUCUCUCUCACGAGGAGCAGAGUGAAAUGCGCCAUCACCUCAUGUAUGUCAUCAAGCAAACGACCAACUUUGUGCAUCAAGUGCCUCUCCUGCGUUACAUCUUCGCCGAUCACACCCAGCUCAAGCGCCGUUUGGGCGAGAUGCAUUCACUUGUCGAGACCUCCUUGAUCCGUCGUCGUGAAGGCAAGAGCUUUGGCGAAGUGUGCGAAGUCAAGCGUCACAUGAUUGAUUUGAUUAUCGAAGCCAACCACAGCGAGUCAGAGGAUGGUUACCGCAUGUCUGACGAGGUGAUGCGUGAUAACAUGAUCUCCCUCAUGGCCGCGGGCACUGAGACCACGGCCACGGCCAUGACUUGGACCCUGUACUUUCUCGACAAGUAUCCCGAGGUGUACCGGAAGGUGCGCGAGGAGAACAUGAACAUUGAUCUGGAACACUUGGCCGAGCCUGGUGAUCUGACCAAGAUUGUGCCGUAUUUGACUCAAGUUAUUCAAGAGUCCAUGCGCAUGUGCAGCCCGCUGGGCAACAUCCCCGGUCGACGCCCUUUCAAGGACAUGCAAGUUGGCGAUCUCGUCGUCCCUGCCCACGUUCCCAUGCUCACCUUUGCCCACCAAAUCCAUCACAACCCUCAAAUCUGGGACGCUCCCGAGGAGUUCCGUCCUGAACGCUUUGCUAAGGACGGCGAGGCCUCUCGCGACCGCCUUCGCUUCCAGCCCUUUGGUACUGGCCGAAGGUAUUGCCUGGGCAAGUACAUGGCCAUGGCUGAGAUGCAGGUCGUGCUGUCGCACAUGGUACGCGAUUUGCGCUUUGAGUACGCUGGAACAGCGGAAGGCAUUACGCCCGCUUUCCGCCCACCAACGAUCCAGCCCCGCGAUGGCAUGCCCAUGCACAUUAAGCUUGCAUAAAUUACCAAGAGCUGCACGCUGGAUCUCCGUUGAGAUCUGUCAAAGCAUAGAUGGAGAAGCAACGAUGGACAUACCAGCAUCGCUGCCUUUGCAACGCGGUUUGGCAGGGCAUGGCGCGUAUUUAGACACGCUGUUGCGCUUGCCGCUCAAACCAAUUGCGGUACCACCACACCACUCUGGUAUAUUGAGUGAGUGUGCAUGUGUGUUAUUGUAUCACCAUCGUUGCUGAUGUUGUCGGUUGUUGGUCGUGCUUGCUCGCCUUGCCAAUACCGGCAUCCGGAAUCCGACUUUGGCCGUGGCGCUGCCAGAUCGCUUUGCUCCUUGUUCUUGUAUUGUUUCUGCUUGUGCAAUGUUCGUCGGAAGUCCCCUCGAUCAGGAUUGAUCCCGGAUGGCAAAGCACUGCUCCGUCAUCCAUCCCAAAGCCUUAGCCUGCCAGCCUGUUGUUUUUAUAUCCCCCCCCACCUUGUGAUCCCAUGAAUUGAACCCACCAAAG